AUGUGCCCAAAUCGUGCCUUCCUUGCAUUUCAGUCGGACGAACAAGAUGUUCACGCCAAUAUCUGCGAUGAAGUAGCAGAAAGCGAGGAGGCAAUUCCAUUCUACUCCCCUCCAUUGGGCGCUGUCUUUGGGGCCCCCAUUCAGACGCAGGAGGAAAGUCUUCAGCUCCUUGUGAGUAUGAUUCACAUGUUGCUCGAUUGCAUAACCUACUAUUUGUUGCCAAUAUGGAACAGGCAUUUUCUUUUCAACAAAACAGAAAAAUGCAAGUAAUCCAUUGGCAAAUGUGUGCUGACCUUGAGACUGACAUGAUGAAUCAUUAUCGCAUUUCAGGGCGUACCACACGUUCUGGCAGUUUUGAUCCAGAAACUCGAGGAGCACGGAAUGGAUUGGCCGGCAUUAUAUACAGACAUGGUGACUUCGUCGAAUCUCCGCAUAAAAAUGAAUUUGAUAAACUCGGUGGGUUUCGCACGGAGACUUUACACUUUGUUGUUCAAAUCCUGCUCGUUUGUAUUCCGCCAUAUUCCUUGACGUGCAUUUAACACAUUUCAGUACCCCGUUGACGAUCUGGUCCGAAUGCGCCCCAAACUCUCCGCAGAUCCUUACCAUCUAGCAACAAUGAUUACCCUCUACGUUGAAUGUCUGCCGACGAGACUGGUGGAGGGCAUGGGUGAGUCAAUCAUCGGUCGUGAAAUUACCUUAUGCAGCAGAAUCUUUCUGCUGUGAAGUCAGCAGUUUGCUUGUUUUCAUCAGAAUCGGAGAUGUCUUCUCCCUGCUUAGAGGCAGUGAUUUGGUAUUUUGUUACUAUUGCUCAAUCGAGAACGCACAUCAUUAAUGACACUGCUCUGCUGGAAUAUUUCUCCCUAAUUUUUGAUGCAGCUGCAUAACCAGGCAUCUCAGUUGAAUCGGGAUCCUAGCAGCUACACACUGUUCUGCAUUCUAAUGCUGUGCCUUGUCGUUUUCAGAUGUGUGGAGAUCAGCGCUGGCAACACUGCCACGAAAUGGUGAAGCGGACUUCUGCAUGCCUGAGACGUCUGUGGACCUCGUCCUGCAGUCCAGUGAGGAGGUGACAUGUCUGGUGAGUUGCGAGGUAGCAUUUGCAUAGCUGGCUGUCUGUGCGUUUUUUAGCUUCAAGUGUCUAACAUCUGUCGUCCAAUGUCCACAGCGAUUCACGUCUUUCCAACUGACUGGAGGUGUGCUUUCAGUGCAUGGUGAAGUUGGUGCCUACUUGGCCACACUCGACCACCUGUUCACUCACUGGCACAAAGUGUGGCAGUUGGUCCGCCAGCGCUCGCAAGAAGAGGUAGUCCGCCUAUUCAUCCUCAUAUGCCGAGCUGUCUCCGGCCAGACCGAUGACGAAUCUGUUCAGGUAGGAUCUUGCUGCGGCAGCUGCACGUUUCUCCUUAAGGUAGGGCUUGCCAUCAAUCUGAGGGGCAUUUAUUGUUAUUUGUCUUCCGUACUUACAGGUGGUGUAUGACUUGGUCAGCAAGUGGCCGGAAAUCAGGCGGGACCUCAUUGCGGAAGUGGGAGACAUGCAACCGGAGACUAGUGGAUUCACAAAGUAUGCCUGA